AUGGCUCCAGCCCUCGAUGCGAAUCGGAGAGUCCGUAUGAGGCAAAUCUUUCGGACAAAAAGAGCUCCCCUGAGGUUGCCGAAGCAAGACGCAGAAACCGCGGCAGAGCUGCACGACGCUAUGGCAGAGAACACAGGAGAGUCGUCGGCUCCCCUUAUUGGGCCAGAGCAAGAUACAGCAACCACGCCAGAGGUACACGACGCUAGCAUCAUCCAUCCAACGGGGCCAUACACUUCCGAUUGGAAAUCAAAGCCGCUUCCUUGGGACAGUUAUCAGACUUAUACUUGGAUGCCCAUCGAAAGGCAGCAUAGCCACAUUGCCAUACAAACCGAAGAUGGUUCCUCCGAUGAUCAGGGACUUGGCCAUGAUUACGAGGCAAACUAA